AUGUCAAGAAAGCCAUGUUGUGUCGGAGAAGGGCUGAAGAAAGGCGCAUGGACCGCCGAGGAGGACAAGAAACUCAUUACUUACAUCCACGACUACGGCGAAGGAGGCUGGCGCGACAUUCCCCAAAAAGCUGGGCUGAAACGAUGUGGAAAGAGUUGUAGACUACGAUGGACUAAUUACCUAAAGCCUGAGAUCAAAAGAGGCGAGUUUAGUUCAGAGGAAGAGCAGAUUAUCAUCAUGCUUCAUGCUUCUCGUGGAAACAAGUGGUCGGUUAUCGCGAGACAUUUACCUAGAAGAACAGACAAUGAGAUCAAGAACUAUUGGAACACUCAUCUCAAAAAACGUUUGAUCGAGCAGGGUAUUGAUCCCGUGACUCACAAGCAACUGGCUUCUUCUAGUUCUAACCCUACUGUCACCACACCGCCUGAGAAAUCUCAUUCCCUAGAUGCUCCUAGUCUUGAGAGGCAAUACUCCCGGUCGAUCUCUAUGCCUUCCAUGUCUCCUGAUCCUUCUUCCGAUUCCAAGAUCUCUGAGAUAGACAACAGUGAUGGGAAAGCUGCACAGGGCGGUUCUUUGAGCUGCAAGAAACGUUUCAAGAAAUCGAGUUCCACAUCAAGGCUAUUGAACAAAGUUGCGGCUAAAGCCACUUCCAUCAAAGAAAUAUUGUCCGCUUCCAUGGAAGGUAACUUGACUGCUACUACAAUAUCACAUUCAAGCUUUUUCUAUGGCUUCCCUGAGCAGGAUAGUUCUAAUGCAUCCCUGACGAAUACUGUCUCCGAAUUCGAUCCCUUCUCCCAAUCACCGUUUUACCCUGAGCAUGAGAUCAAUGCUACUUCUGAUCUCGGCAUUGACCAAGAUUACGAUUUCUCACAUUUUCUCGGAGGAGAUAACCACAACGAAGAGAACAAUAUGAAUAUCGACUAUGGUCAUGAUCUUCUUAUGUCAGAUGUUUCCCAAGAAGUCUCAUCAACUAGCGUUGAUGAUCAAGACAAUAUGAUUGGAAACUUCGAGGGUUACUCAAGUUAUCUUCUUGACCAUGCCGAUUUUAUAUUCGACACCGACUCAGAUUCCCUCGUAAAGCAUUUCGUAUGA